CGUGUCGGGUACCUACGCAGAAGCAUAAAAGCGGUUGCAACACGUUGUAAAGUUGAAACUUGUAAACUUAAAACAUGUAAACGUCUCAUCAGCGGUGGUAUUACAGAACGAAUUAUUGUGUGGACUGUGCGGUGUUUACGUCAGCAGGUGAUUUCAAACAGCAAAGGCUACAGAUGGAGGAGCGUCUCGCUAAUGAAGUGAGAAAGUACAAGAAUUUAUAUGAUCCCUCUCACCACUACUAUAAAAACACACAAAUCUGCACCAGUUCUUGGAUAGAGAUCGGGAGAAAGCUGAACGAGGAUCCGGGAAAAUGCAAGGACAAGUGGAAAACCAUGCGUGACAGAUACGUGCGGAUCAAAAGGAAGAUUAAGCUCAAAAGUGGGGAUUCUGAAGCUCACUUUUCAGUGCCGGCGCACUACACCAAGCUGUCCUGGCUUGAAGGAUACGUUUCUCAUAGAGAAAAGCAGAUCAAUUUCAGCAUUAAUGAAGCUGAGGCAGGUUCACCAUUAGCUCUGCAGCGAAGUGCUUCAGCCCACAUGCUCGUCUCAGACUCCACGGCUUCUCAUGGGAUGAGCAGUGACGAUGAAGCUCCACCCACUGAGGUGUCCUCAGUGAGCACACCAUUUUGCCAGCCCACUAAUAAAAGGAGGAAAGUCACUGCGGGACACAUACGAGUUGAGGACUUACUAGAGAGUAUAGCUACUUUUCGUCAGGAGAACAUGGCAAGAUGUGAAGAACUCAUUUCACAACUAAACGCUGCUGCAGUCACUCGGGACUAUGAUGAAUACUCCACCUUUGCACGAGCUGUCGCCGACUCGCUCCGUAAACUCCCCCCGGAGCGGGUGGAAGCGACGAAAUUUAAACUGUUUGCAGUGCUUGCAGAAGCACAUUUGCCAUAGCGACUUCAUUUUUUUGUGUGUGUGUGUGCGCGUGCUGUUUUUGAGUAUUUAAGUAUUAAGUGUGGUUGAUUAUAUUUUUUUCAUUUUCAAGUGUUUUAAAAUAUAUAUUUUGCAUUACUUGAUACAGGGCUGAAAUUUGCUGUUAAUUUAUACAUUAAUAAUCAGUUGCACUGUUGUUGCUUUUUAAAAAUUAAUCAUUUUGCAUAUAUAUCUGGAAAAU